AUGCAUUGGUACGGAGGAAGCAUCGCGGAGGCUGUUACAUUAUCUAAACAAAGAAAUGCAAUUUUUGUCGUAUUUGUUGAAGGUGACAAUGAGCAGUCUGCAGAAAUGUCUGCAACAAUUGAUGAUAGUGCAGUGGUUAAAAGGUUGUCAGAUCCUCAAAAUUUCCUUGCAAUCAAAUUAAAGAGUGGAUCAAUUAAUUAUACACAUUUUGCACAAAUCUAUCAAUUUGUUCCUGUUCCAUCUCUCUUUUUUAUAAGUAGGAAUGGAACACCACUGGAAGUUGUCUGUGCAGGAGUUGAGGCACAAAACCUGGCGACAAGGAUAGAUAGGAUAUUAGAAGAACACAAUAAAGAGAAACAACGGACUGUACAACCAUCCACAUCCAGCCAGAGUUUGAAAGAGCAAACGGUCAAUCUUCUGCAAGCUGAAGCUGCUGUUAGCAAUAAGGAAGCUGCAGCAACACCAUCAGUAGAUAAAAAGCCUCCCGCUGAUGUUGAAACAGAAACAUCAUCGGAGCCAGUGGCUAAAGUAGCUAAGACAGACUACCACGAAGUCACGCGUACUGGACAAGAAUAUGAAGUUGUAUGCGAUGGUGACAUAUGCGUGAGGAAACCGAAGGCAAAACCCGAAGAGCCCGGACCGAGUUCUAAAGUGACUCCUACAGCCGAAUCAAAGGACACUCCUGCAUCGUCACAGGCUAGUGCGGUUAGUCCGGAUGAGAAGGUAGAACGAGCCAAAGAACUUAUUGAUGCGUUAAGAAGAGAAAAGACUGAGAAGGAGAAAGAGUUGGAAAAGCAAAAGGAAUUGGAACGUCGUGCUAUUGGUCAAGGCGUGGCAGAAUUAAAAAGAUGGCAGGCCGACCAGGAGUUGAAACAAAUUCAGGAGGAACGGAAACGUGAGAAAAUGGAAAACAAUCUCGCUCGGCAACGUAUCCUGGAGCAAAUAGCGCAGGACCGCGCAGAGCGUCGUGCCCGCGACCAGCCGCCAGCGGCGCCGGCCCCUCCAGCGUCACAGCCCGCGCCCCCACCACCACCACCUACAGUUGGAGAUGGUGGGUCGCGCGCCCGCGUUCAAUUCAAAAUGGCUGACGGUAGCGCGCAUACAGCGCAUUUUGAUGUCGACGCAACUUUGCAAGAGUUGCGGCGCUAUGUUGCGGAUAAUUUACAAUUACGGCUAGGCGAGUUUUCGCUGUGGACAGCGUUUCCUCGUCAGGAACUGACGGAGAGCGAGUCGACGCUGCGACAGUUGCGACUGGCGCCAUCUGCCGCGCUGCUCGUGCUCCCUCGACGCACGCCCACUGUAGUAGCUUCACCUUCCACAUUCUCUACGAUCUUUACAUUCUUGACGCAACUGUUCACGUCGCUGAUCCUUGAACCGUCGCAGCAAGUGUACGCGUGGCUGCGCGCGCGCCUGUUCCCGGGUUCGCCCCCCUCCCCCUCACCUGCAUCCCCCUCUCCAUCUCCUUCCCCCCCGCCGGCGCCCCAGCAGCCCGGGUUCCGCCGCCGGGGAAACAUACAUCGUCUCGCCGGCGACACGAACAGCGACGACGAAAACAACACGUGGAACGGUAAUUCAACCCAGCAGAUGUAG